UCCACAAGUUGCAGAUACUGUUUACAUAUGCUUUCAGUACCACUACGAGUGUCUGCCGAAGUAUAAAAUGACAAGUAGGCGUGUGAGAUAUGCUGCAGCUCUUGUAAUUGUAAUGAAAAACGUGAAAAAGAAAAAGAGAAGUAUUUGGGUUAGAGAGUGGAUAAUGAGAAGAUCGCAAUAUGGUGCCUAUAAUAACCUUUUGCAAGAACUUAGUAUCGAGAGCAUGGAUACGUUUGAAAACUUUUGCAGAAUGUCCUCAAAUGAUCUAGAGUGUUUGUUGACAUUAAUAGCGCCCGUCAUAUCAAAACGAGACACAAAGUUCCGUACUGCUAUUUCAGCAAAGGAACGUUUGCUUGUCACUCUACGAUUUAUAGCUACAGGAGACUCAUACAAGUCCCUGAUGUACUUGUUUCGUAUUCCGGUCAGCACGAUUUCUCUGAUCGUACCUGACGUAUGUAGAGCCAUUUUUGACGUGUUGAAAAGGGAAAAUUAUUUGAAGACUCCUGAAACAACAAGCGAGUGGAUGCAGGUGGCAAAGGGGUUUGAAGAGAACUGGAACUUUCCACACUGCAUUGGGGCAUUGGAUGGGAAGCAUAUUGUGAUGCAAGCUCCAAAAGACAGUGGAAGCUAUUAUUAUAAUUAUAAACAUUGCCACAGUGUUGUAUUAUUGGCACUUGUAGAUGCCAGUUACAAGUUGUUAUACAUGGAUGUAGGCUGCAAUGGAAGAGUUUCAGAUGGUGGUGUAUUCAGUACCUGUUUCUUAUCUUCAGCCUUGGAGCAAGGACAUCUUGACAUUCCUCUGCCCAAACCACUUCCUGGCAGAGAAAAGGACACCCCCUUUGUAAUCAUUGCAGAUGAGGCAUUUCCAAUGAGGUAA